AUGCGCAGUACAUUCUACAUUGUUCUUGUUGUCGCCGUUUUAGCUCGCUGCAGUGUCGUCGCAGCAUUCACGAAUGCCGAUGACUCUCAGCUCUUGUCGAAGGUCUCUCCCGACUUCGCAGCCAGCGAAAUGACCAAUACUGCUUCCCAGAAGAGGUUUCUUCGAGUCGCAGGCCCGGAAGAUGAUGACGCGAUGACCGAUGAAGAAGAUCGAGGUUUAGGCAGCAUCGUUGAUGUCAUCAAGAGAUCGGAUGCCGCCGAAGCACCGUAG